GGACUGUGCACAGCACCGCAGUGACCAUGGGUGACGGUUACCUGUCGGCCUCCGUGUCGGCGGUAGGAGAGGCCACGUACACGCUGGGCGGGGAGGAGGACAGCGACGCGCCCGCCGUGUUCUUCUGCGUCAAGUGCAGGCUGCCGCUGGGCGACUCGUUCUCCUGGUCCGGCACGGACGAACAGCAGAACCACAUACUGCUGCGGAGGGUCAGCAACAAUGUUGCAGUUGGCCGGGAGCCUCUCUUCGCCGGGAAGUACAAGAAGAUGGGCUGUGUGAUCCGGACCCUGAGUUGUCUUGGCUGUUCCGCGCCGAUCGGAAUCAUGUACGUGUCGACGCCCAGAGAACUGGACCAUCGCAGGUCUCUCUUCAGCAUGGACGUGGCCAGAAUCGACAGCUACGUAGUGGGGUCCUCCAGCCAGCAGAGGGCAGCGCUGAGCUCAGAGAAGACUCCCGUCACCCUGGAGUACAGGGAGGGCGUCCAGCAGCAGCUCAACGAGGUGAAGGCUCUAACCGUGGCGAUAGGACAGAGGCUGUCUGAGAUCGAGGCCGACCUGCAGAACAAGUCUGUAUGACCCCGAUGGCCUUCACACGUUAUUGGUGACUUUGACAACCCCACUCACCCUCACCAGUGGUGACUUUAACAACCCAAACCACCCACUUUGUUUGAGAUCAGUGGUGACCUUUACAACCUCGACCCCCAGUGACUUUCACCUGUGUUGGCGUUUUCAACCCCAUUGGACUUUUACGAUGACCUCUAUACGACCGCAGAUGACCUUCACACUUGUGGCAUUAAUGAGUUUUACUGACACCCACUCUGCUUUUUUAUGCAGCGUCACAAAUACACAGCAGUCCUUCGUACAGGUCUUAGAAAGCAUCAUUUAAAGUGUGGAUUUAAAAAACAAGUCAGUUCUGUUGUAGUUAA